CCCCCGCCCCGCCCAGGUCCCCGGAUGAUGGCGGCCGCCUGGCGCGCGCUGUGGUGGCGGUUGCUGCUGCUGGCGCCCUGGGGCGGCUCGCGCGCCGCGCUGCCGCCGCCUCAGGACGCCGAGUUCACCUUCCUGCUGCCGGCCGGGCGCCGCGAGUGCUUCUACCAGGCCGCGCCGGGCAACGGCUCCAUGGAGGCCGAGUUCCAGGUUAUCGGUGGUGCGGGCCUGGACAUCGACUUCUCCCUGGAGAGCCCCACGGGCGUGCUGCUGAUCAACGAGUACCGGAAAUCGGACGGGGUGCACACCAUUGAGCCCACGGAAGCAGGUGACUACAAACUGUGCUUUGACAACUCCUUCAGCACCAUCUCGGAGAAGCUGGUUUUCUUCGAGCUCAUCUUUGACAGCCCCCAGGAGGACGAGGAUGGGGAUAACUGGUCUGAGGUGGUGGAGCCAGAGGAGAUGCUGGAUAUGAAGAUAGAAGAUAUUAAGGAAUCCAUUGAGACCAUGAAGAACCGUUUGGAGCGGAGCAUCCAGAUGCAGACACUGCUGCGAGCCUUCGAAGCCAGAGACCGCAACCUGCAGGAAAGCAAUAUGAGCCGCGUCAACUUCUGGUCAGCCAUUAACCUGGGGGUGCUGGUGGUAGUGGCCUUCCUCCAGGUCUACAUGCUGAAGAGCCUCUUCGAAGACAAGAGGCAGGUCCGAACGUAGCGUGAGAGGGAGAGAAAUGGACUCCAUAUCUCCUGCAAGGGGCAGGUACAGAGCCAGACUGGUGCUGAGGUUGGUGAAUUCAAAGCCCGACACCCCAGCAUCUGAUAGAUCAACUGUGUAUAGCUCUGUCAAAUUGCUGCAGCUUCUCUUCUGGGCAUACUUUAGAGGGAUUAAAUGGGCCUGCUUUGUACCAGAGUUCACAUUAGGUACAUUGAAGCCAGAGGGCAUUGGGGGAGGGGGGUGGAUCGUAGAGGUCUGACUGAUGGGAUGGGCAGUAUGGGUUGAAAUUGAUUCUCUAUGGACUUGAAUCCCUAGGCUUGGGGGAAGGGGGUUCUACAGCCACCAGCCUGUGCCAUAAUACACAUCCCUGAGGGUGGGAUGAAGGAAUAAAGCAAGGCAGGGCAUGGUGGAUGGCAGCUGAGGGGAGCAGCAGGUGGUCUCGGUACCUAGACCCACUCAGUAAAGCGGGGUCUGGCCUUGCAGCCUCUGGUUCUGACCGUCGCCAAUUACAGGUGGGCAGGAUCCCCUGGCCUGCAACCGAACUUGUUCCUUGUCCAGAAUCUCUCCUCUGGUCUGCAUUUUUGUCAAAGGAGAAACCUCCUAUGUGCCUUAACAGCAGCUCUUGGCCUGUAUGGACCUCAGCCCCGGCCUUGCUGUGUCCUGUUGCCCCUUUAGCGCCUUGUUUCCACUGUCUUUUAGCAGAGAAGGUGGGGAAUGUUCCCCCAUGUCUCCAGGGUCUCCCCGCACUCUGGCCCCCUGUGCAGCAGUGAAUUGGCUCCAGUUGGCCUCCAUACUGACCCCUGGAGGAAAAGCAACCUCUUCGCUAUUUACUGCUGCAGUGCGGCUGCUGCGGGAGAGCCUUGGCUUUGGGUCCAGCCGUGUGGCUUGGUUUGCUUAGCGCUGUGUGUAUAAUUUGCCCCUGUUUCCAUGGCAUCCCUUUUGCUCCAGAUAGCAAUGGAAGCCACUGUUCUUGGCUGUAUGUGGAUGACAUUUCACUUCUUUUGCUGCCCUGUUCCGAUGAGCACCUCUUACUUCAGGUCUCAUGGAUCAGAUCACAGGCCAGUUUCCUUCAGAUCCUUGAAGAAAAACCCAGUUCUGCUUCUCAGUGGAUUGUACCCCUUCUGUGAUUUCCCUGCCUCUAGUGCCUUUUCUCACUGUCCUGUUUGCCUGUCUGCUUUGAGAUCUUAGCUUCACUAGUCCCUUGAGUGGCACAGGACAAUGGAUCUGAGUGGGGCAGUGACUGUGGGCACCUUGGCAGUGGGGAAGGUGUGCGUCUCCUGCUGCGGGUAGGAGGGAGAGAUUGGCUGGGUCCUCAGGAUUUGAGUUGAGCAGGAGUUGCCAUUGCUUUAGAGCUGAGUUCUGCCAAUGCCCUGCUACUCCUUUCCUGGGCUGAGCUGGUCUCUCUUCAGUGCUGGGCUCAGAUCAGACUUUUUUUUUUGUGGGGGGUGCCCUGAGGCAGCAGCAGGGGUGUGAGGAAUUGCUUCCAGUCAACAGGACAAGCUGUAGACAGUGACUCCUGAGGGCAUGGGCGGGUUGGCAAGAUUCCAUAUCACGGGGUAGUUCUGGGCUGAUGGAAUCUGGAGCGCUGAGAGCCAGAGAUGCAGUCAUUAAGGAUUCAAUGUAUUUGCUGGUCUGUGGGCAACGAUCUGCACCACCAGCCAUCACUGUCAAUAGCCCCAUUCUCUGCCGUAGCAGAGGGGCUAAGGGUGAGAGGGCCGGGGAGAGCAGGCCUCUCCAGGCCAGCACUGAGACAUGUUUGGAGAAAGGGAAAGGAAGUGUUAGUGGGAUCUGCCGAGGACAGCUGGGUUCCUGGGGGCGGCUGAUCCAACCCCCUCUCCUCAAGAUUGACUCUAAGGAGGGGCUGCUACUGCCUGAUGAGGCCACUGGUGUUGCUUUGUUACCAUAGCAUGUGCCAAAGUGCCCUCCUCACACCACCCCCGCUGGGAAAAUAGUCCUGAUCUCCCCAUCACCACCUGUUGUGUGACAGCCAAGGUGCCUGGAGAGACUCCAUGAUGGUGCCUGCUUUGCCCUGUCACAGGCGGGUGCUCUGAUCCGAUCUGCCCACCAUUAUGUCUAGGGGGCCUGCGUGGUGGGUGAUUCCAGAAUCUCCUGCAGACACGGACCUGGCUUGGAAUUUUUUUAACUUUCUGCAUACAGCACAAGUGGCUGAUCUCACCAAGACUCUGGAGAGAGGUGUAUGAAUAGCAGCCUGGAACCUGCCAAGGGCUGUCAACUUCUGUUUCAUGUCCUUUGUGCCCCUUCUCUGCGCUUUGGCCGGGGCUGACUCCAGCUUUGAGCAGCGAAACUGAGACUGAUCAGACUUGACACUGGGGACCCUUUUCCUUCAACUUCCCCCUGCAGGUAUUGUGACAACCCAGUGAAGUUCUGAGCCGACGCUUGCGCAGGGAUUGUUUGCUUCGUAGUGGAAGCUGCAGCCUGGUCUCGUCAGUAACACAUGACGUGUAUGCAUGUGGGGCGCUGAUUGUGAUGGGUUUUUUAAAAUGACCAAAGGGCUAUGGAGCCAUUCUCUCUAGCAAAUACAUAUUGCGGAGCCUUUUACAAAGGAAUCUAGUAUUUAUUCUUGACGUUACGAAAGAAAGGACAUUAAAUGAAGUUGUUUAA